GGGUACGAUACACUGAACUUGCAAGCGGGAUAUUCUUCCUACAGUGCGAGUGGGGUAUUGUUAUAAUAGAACAAUAUAGUUCAAGCAAAGUCAAGGGAGGGAGGAGAGGAGAGAAGAAUAGUCCAGAUACAGAAGAGAUGGACAUGUCGGGACAGAUGUGCAAUGGGCGCUCAUAAACUAAUGAUAAGGAAGUGUUACGGAACAUUGUGGCUGGUGCUCACUUGCGGCGAAAAUAUUUUGGUCCUUCAAUACAACUUCAGUAAGGUUUAAUAUUUAUUGUUGCCAUGUUAUUGGUUGUUGUCCUGCGUUUUGCGUUAAUGUAGUUACAUUUAGUUGCCCAGCGUAUGAAAUAUGCAGGAAAAACUGCCUUACCUUGCCUUGCAUUACCGACUAGGCUACUUACUAGGUCAUUCGGGAUGUGGAGUGGAAACGGUACAUUUGGGGGCUCAGACAACAGCCCCUCUCCAGCCCCAGGUGAAUUUGGGGGCUCAGACAACAGCCCCUCACCAGCUCCAGGGGUCAGCAUUUCCAGUUGCCAUGGAAGCCAUGUUUCUGUGCCAGUUCUGUCAAACACCAGUGUGCAAGGAGACGUUAACAUAUCAUACAGCUGCUCGGGUGUUGAUUCCAGUGCUUCUAUGGUAACACCUAAACCUGACACAGAUCCCAAGUCAGUUAUCCUGGCCUACAAGGAGUCCAUUCUCCCUGCGUAUCGAACAGUGCAGGAAUAUAACUCCCUCCUUGAUGAACAUGUGCUGCUACAGGAUCGCUACACACAGCUACUGAUGGUGCAGAAGCACCGACCACAGAGAGAGAGGGUGGAGGAGAUCUCCUCCAGAGGAGAUGCCCUCCAUCAGGUCCUCACCACCAGAGAAAGGAAGUACCAGAGCAUCAGCGUGAAGCAGUUCUUCAGCCGCAUGGACACGACGGGGGACGUUCCGAGGGCUGUUGUUCUCCAGGGCCACCCAGGGAUGGGCAAGUCCUUCACUGCUCAGAAGAUCAUGCAUGACUGGGUGCUGGGGACUCUGUUUGCGGGCACCUUCGAUGUGGCAUUUCACUUGGAGUGUAAGGAGCUCAACCUUUGUAGGCAGGAGAAGAGCCUGAUUGAGCUCCUCAGCUUGGAGUCAAGUUUUCAACCAGCCAUGAAGGAGGUGCUCACCAAAUCACCUCAGAAAGUCCUCUUCCUGGUCGAUGGCUUUGAUGAACUCAGAUUCUCCUUGGAGGUGCCCCGCUUGUCAUUACCCAGUGAUGCGUUCACCAGGGCUCCAGUUGAGGCCACCUUGAGUGCCCUUCUCCGGGGGCACAUCCUGUCCAAAUCCUCCCUGCUGGUCACCUCCAGAUCCACGGCCUCAGACAGGCUUAACACACUGCUCAAACAGCCCCAGCGCUUCACUGAGAUCCUGGGUUUCUCUGAGGAGGGGGUACAGGAGUACUUCCAGAGGUUCUUCAAGGAUGAAAAGCUUCAUUCUUGGGCUUAUGACAGUAUCAGAUCAAAUGAAUCCCUCUUUGCAGCCUGCUUCAUCCCCAUCAUCUGUUGGAUUGUCUGCACAGUUUUGAGGGAGCAUUUUGAAGAAGGAAGAGAGGAUCAGAUGGAGCUUACUACAACCACAUCUAUAUUUGUACACUUUGUGUCCACUUUGCUAGAGCAUCACUGCCGGGGUUUGAGUCAGCCAGUCCCCACUCUGCUGAGGAGCCUGGGUCAGCUGGCAGAGAGAGGGAUUCUGGAGCAGCAGGUUCUCUUUGAAAAGAAGCAGGUUGAAGAGAUGGUUUCAGAUCCAGAAAGUGUUCCCUUCCUGUGCAAAUCCCUGCGGAAGAAGACCGUAGGAAAGAAAACGAUGUUCAGCUUCAUGCAUCUCAGCUUCCAGGAGUUUUUCACCGCUCUCUCCUAUGCCACAGCAGAUGAAGAGGAGUGUCGGAGUCGAGUGGAGAACCUGCUCCAGAGAGAAGCUAAUGGUGAUCGACACCUCCUUCCAGUCAUCCAGUUUCUGUUUGGCCUCUCCAAUACAGAGCUGGCUAGCACACUGACAGAGACUCUCAGUCUCUCCAUUUCUCAUACCAUGCACACCCAGCUUGAAGAAUGGCUUCUUCGACUCAACAGUGACAUUUCUGAAUUCCAUAAGGGUGACAUAUUUUCCUUUAAUCGGGAUAGAAGCGUGGAUAUUUUCAGCUGUUUGUAUGAACAUCAUGAGGAAGAGUUGAUGAGGAAAGCCAUGGCGGCAUGGGAGAUUUUUCGACCUCAGUGUACCACCCUGAGUAAAACCGACUGCUGGGUGCUGCGGUACUGCUUUCAAUACUGUCCAGAGAUCAGAUGUGUGCAUCUCACCAACUGCAACAUAACCGCAGAGAAGCUGAGGAUGCUCAUGCCGCUGAUAAGCAGCUGUAAUGAGCUAGAAUUACAAGUGGAAGAUCUCUCUGAUAAUGAUGUUGAAGAUCUUUUAAUCUGUAUAGGGCAAGGAACAGCCCUCAGCAGUCUACUUUUAGCCAAGAGCAGCUGUACUGAGGAAGGAUACACGCCAGAGAUUGAAAGGUUGGUGAAAAGCAAACUCACAGAUGUUGGUGUUCGGGAGAUUCUGGCCAGCCUUUCCAAGCAGAAGUGUGUGGGUUCCUUUAAGCUUGAAGCACUCUCCGUCACACUGACCACAGUGGAGGUCCUCUUUGACCUUCUUCAGAGGAAAACAUUUGACAUCAGCGUGAGUUUUCUUGCAGCAAUACUGACUGACACUGAAGAUGCUGAUCUGAGGGUUUACCUGCUCAAGAUUGAGAAAAAUGUGUACCCUGACGAUUCAGAUGAUACCAUAGAAUGUUUCCAGGUGUCUGCUGAGAUUGUGUUGAGUGUCCAGGAUCCAGAGAGCCACGGAGCCCAAAGGGGGCUGAAAAACUUCACUCUCAGACUGUCUCCGGACGCACAGAUCGCCACCAUCGACUGGAGAAGGUUUUUCCACUACUGCGUAGCAGACAAUCUGGAGACUGAUGAUCAUGUAGGUGCCCUGAUGUCCUGCCUGAGCAGCAUGCCCGGUCUGGAGGAGGUGAGGACAAGCGUGGGUCAUCUGGAUGAGCACUGGACCACUGGGUUCCUUCAGCUAUUCCUGACCUCUCCUCAUCUCAAACGCAUCAGCUGCUCACUGAAAAUGGCCGACAGCAAGUACUCUCAAGACCUGUGUGUGGAAAACUACAAGGGGAUGCUAAGAUUGACUUUGAAGAACUACAAUCGUGUACCCCUGUUUUUAGAGCGAGAAUCCAAGUGCCGCAUUCACCUGUCCCUCACCUGUGCCAUUCUCCUCGUCCCCCUCUCACCUGAGCUGCAACACCUGGACUGGACACCAUUCUUCAGCCGCUGCCUCGCCCUUGAGGGCUUCACAGACUGUCCAGACACUGAUGAGUGUGUGGAGGCCCUGCUGUCUUUCCUGAGCCGUGUCCCAGAUCUCCGAGGGGUGAGGCUGGACCUGUUCCCCCUGACCAGCACAUGGGCCUCUGGAGUGGUUACUCUCAUCCAGAGCCAACCCACACUCUCAACUCUCAGGUUGUACUGUGGGGAGCAGGGCCAUGGCACUCUGUCUGAGGAGGGACUUCACAUCCUCCAGCAGUCUCAACAUCUCCUCAGAGGCAUUCUCUCUCUCACAGGGCUGCGUUGCAGAGUGUCUGCUGACCAGUGUCUGAACCACACAGAGCAGAAGCAUGAUGAGGAGAGAGUAGAGCUCACGUUCAGCGGGGACUCCGUCGAGGAGAGAGACAUUCAUAUCGCUCACUAUGAUGAGGAUGACGCUCUCCAGCUCUGUUCCCUCCAAUAAGAUGCCCAUCUGGCCCUGACGCUGCGCUACAUUACAGUUCCCUCCAAUAAGAUGCCCAUCUGGCCCUGACGCUGCGCUGAAGUCCCUCCAAUAAGAGGCUCAUCUGGCCCUGACGCUGCGCUGAGCUGCAGUCCCUCCAAUAAGAGGCUCAUCUGGCCCUGAUGCUGAGCUGCAGUCCCUCCAAUAAGAGGCUGAUCUGGCCUUGUGUUUAUGUUUACGGUAAUUCUGCAGAUGCUUGCAGCACAAUACAGGUGCAACAUUUCCUGUGUGGGGGGAUUUCCUGUGUGGGUACCAAACUUCCUUGGUAUUAAACUAGUGACCAGCUGACUUAUUCACUAAA